GAAAAAACGUACAGGAAGGACGACGACGAUUAUAAACUAGCUAUGAAUUUGAACGUGAACAUGCGGCAGGGUAAAUGUGUGAGUGUUGUGCUUGUUGUACGUCGUCGUCGAGGCUCUGGUGUUAUUCUGCUUUACUCCUCUAAUUCUACGUUGUCGUUUGUUUAACAGAGCGAGCGAAUGGAAGAGCGAACUUCUCAAUCCUCUUCAGUCUUGGUUUAGUUCGUUUUGUGUAACGAACAUUUUGGGGUUGUCGUUGUAUAGUUAAGGAUUAUUUAUUUACUUUUAACAUUUAAAAAAAACAUAAAACAAACACAAAUCAAAAAUCCAAAGUUAAUUAACAAAGUUUGAAAAUUAUUAAACAAUUUUGAAAGACUAAGAAACAAACAAAAUACAUAUAUAAAAAAGCCUAAAAGUGAUUGAAAAAAAAAACAAGACGUCAUCUAAUUAUUAUUCAUCCCUUACACGGUUACACGGGGGUAUCAUCACCAUAACAACCCCAUGGUCUUUUUGGUAUUGUGCGGUACAACUUCGAUGGGUACUUCUUAUUUUCUGCUUAAAUAACUUUUUUAAUGAAAAGAAACAUACAAAUUCAAAAUGUUUUAUUCCUAAAACAAACAAAAUACAACCUGUAUUGGACAUUUUCUAUAUUCAAAUAUUUUUGCAAAGAAAGGUCAUUUCAAGCUUUGUUUCCGCCGAAUAAUACAAAAAAAAAAACAGGAAAUCGGGUCGGAAUUAUGCAUCGCAUACGAAGGUUAUGAGCAGUUAUUACCUCCGCUUAUAUUUACAUUUUUAAUUAACUAACCAAACAUACUACAAAUUAAUCAUAGUAAAAUUUGUGCUGAGACUUUAAACCUAUAAUAUAUUUAUAUUUUCUAAAUAAAUAUAUCCUUUUUUUCGGAAGUGAUGUGUUAAUAAUUUAUAAUAAAAAAAAAGUGUAGUGUAAAAAGAAAAAAAAAAACUACCCCUUCUCUGUAUCCCAACCCCCAACAACACAAGGGGGAAAUAUUUUCAAAUAAAAAUAGAAUACUACGACUAGAAAAAGGAUAUCUACCGUUUUUUGUGAUUGUAUCUUAACAAAAAAAAUACAAAAUAGGAAAAAAACGAAACCAAGGAUAAAAACAACAAAAAUAUAUAUUUAGUGAAACUGGAACAGGACUUAUCAAUGUAGGACUACACUUAUAUAUUAUAAAAAAGAACAAUUUCAACAUAAAACUUAAUGAAGAAAUAAAAACUUACUAAACAGUUUACCAGACCCUAAGUGUGACAUGAUUUGUAAUAUGAAAGUAAAAUCACAUGGAUAAGGCAAUACGUUCAAGCAUAGCUGAAAGAGUCAUUAUUUACUCUUAUAAACUAAACUGAAAAGUGAAUAAUUCAAAAUUCGUCACCAAUAUCGGAUACCAAAAACCUUUUCGUGCAAAAUGAGCAUGGACUCAAUAAGUGAGAUAAUCGAUCAACAAACACUAAACGAUCAGCUCGUCAUCGACACAACAGACUUGACGUCUGGCUCGAGCACUCAUCAUCAUGAAGGUGGCGGUACAGUUGUUAUGGUCCGCACGAUAAUUGAUGGAAUUUCAACUGUAUCGCCACCCCAACACCAUCAGCAGCAGCAGCACUCACAUUCAAAUCAACAGCAUCUCCAUGUAAAUCAUCAUAUCCACAAUAGCCAUCAUCAGCAGCAACAAACACAGCAAUCAAAUAUUAAUGGACAUCAUCAUGCCCAGCAUCACACACACCAACGCAACAAUAAUGAUGGACUUCGCAACAACAACCAGCGACACAACUCACAUCAUACUAGUCAAUCGACGAAUGGUGAUUACCCUGGCUCGGACGUCACUUUGGAAUCUCUGUCUUCGUUGAGUGGACACUCGCACAUUAUCACCCAUCACGGGCAUAAUAUGGAGCUAAUUAAGCAGGAGCACAAGGGAAACAACGUUGACAUGGGGGUCUCAUCGGACCCUUUAUCCGACGAGGUCACACUCAAUCAGCAAGCAGUCGGACGCCAUGAAACACUGUCUGUGAUUGUUCAACCGCAGGAUGAAUCGCGUGAUUCCCAGAUUCUGAGUCCCGGAAAACUAACACCGUCCUCCACGGAUAUGAUAGAAAGUGCUUUAGAACCAACAUACCAGACACUCACCUCAGUAAACGGGGGUCGAAUGUCUCCACCGGGCUUCAGUCCGACAUCAUCAUAUGCAACCCUCACACCAUUGCAACCCUUGCCUCCUAUUUCAACCAUGUCGGAGAAGUUCGCCUAUGGCGGCCACUCUGGAAAUGUGAGUGGAUCUUUCACAGUGAUGCAGCAUCAGUCUAUAGGCAUAUCGCUUGGGUUGGGUGGGGUAAAUUCGCCGUACGCUUACGAUAAGCUACCUUCUAUGGGAAUGUCACCACCACAUAAUUACUCUUCAUCGCCCACGAACACGCUUUCCGGAAUGGGAAUGUCUCAGCAACAUAGUCCACUCUCUCCUCAAAGCUCCUAUAGUCAGACAGAAUUACACUCACCCCAAAAAAGCAUAUCACCAGCGGGAUAUGAUUCGCCAUACGGUGGCCAUCGAGACAUUCUCGGUGGUCAGCAGAAUCUCUCUACACAACACAGCCCUACAACGCUUUCCCCGCACUCUGGUUCUCUGCACUCGCCAGGCGGUAAUACAAUAGUCACCAGUUUCACCAGCCCCUCAACGCUACCUUCAAUCAAUGGAAUGGCAACAAUUACUCCACAUUCAUCCGUUAUAUCACCCCUGUCGCAAUCGGCUAUUUCUGGCGGUAGUCUAGUACAAAUUUCAACACACCAUGUGAAUCGAGAGUCCUCAGUAGUGCAGUCUCCUUCACCUCCUAUCUUAUCGAUUCACCACUCCCAGCAUCAUGUCACUAACAAUAAGUCAAAUGGAGAAGGAACCUCAAUCUCGACGUCAUCGUCAGCUUCAUCCCAAGCAGACCAGCAUGCAAAUAAUGAUAAAGUAGUGAUAAAUUGCUCCUCGGCAAACGCUUCUGAAGGCUUAAGUAGCAUGCAUCUGAUGAACGGCAAUGGAAAUAAUAAUAGCAGUAGUAAUAGUAGUAGUAAUAGCAACAAUAAUAACAACAGCAAUCAAAGCAACAACUACAAUAACAGCAACAAUAAUAACAUCUGCGGCGAUGGAACUUCAGCGACGACUGUGUCUGCAGUGGCAAGUGAUCUCGAGGAGAUCAAUACAAAGGAACUGGCUCAGCGGAUAUCGGCUGAACUUAAACGGUAUAGCAUACCACAAGCAAUUUUCGCCCAGCGAGUAUUAUGCCGGUCUCAAGGAACCCUAUCUGACUUGCUACGGAACCCGAAGCCAUGGUCAAAACUGAAAUCGGGAAGGGAGACGUUUAGGCGGAUGUUUAAAUGGCUUCAGGAGCCUGAAUUUCAAAGGAUGUCGGCAUUAAGAAUGGCGGCUGCUCAAAUUCCUCAAAGGGGAGGUAAUAAUAAUACUGGAUUCACGCCUGCAAUAACAGGAUGUCGUCGAAAAGAUGAACCACAAAUUGAACAUAUGCCAACACCUAAAAAGCCCCGCCUUGUUUUCACUGAUCUACAACGCAGAACACUUCAAGCUAUUUUCAAGGAGACAAAACGCCCAUCAAAAGAAAUGCAAGUAACGAUUGCACGACAGUUAGGUCUUGAGCCUACAACGGUUGGAAAUUUCUUUAUGAAUGCUCGCCGCCGAUCAAUGGACAAAUGGCGAGAUGAAGAUCCAAAGAACUUGAAUCAAUCAUUAUUGUCGCCUGGCAAUCAACAUUCGUUGGACUUGGAUGAUGAUCCAGAUAUGGACUUAGAUUUGGGUCAGGACGAUUUCGAUCUGGAUCAGGAUCAUGACACUGAUCCAGAUCACGAUGACAUGUUGUGACAUAACCCCGCUAUCUCUCCGGAAGAGCUUACGAAAUCAACAUCAGUUGGCUUAGGCAAUAAUAGCAGAAUAAUGAAUGGUAACAAUAGCAACAGUGCAAAUGCUGACAUGGAAUUCAGUUUGAAUGGCAAUUUGCAACAAGUUAAGCAAUCAAGAACAGCUAUCAAUAGUUCUUCUACUAAUACCACGGCUGAUAUAUGUGAUGACGAUUUAAGCUUGUAUGGCAUGUAUGUCAAUGAGCCAUCAAGUCAUCAACACCAGCAGCACCAUUCAAAUCAUCAGCAACAGCAAAAUCAGCAGGCGACAAUCACUGUUAUCCGGGGAGGUGGUUCCAAUAAUAACAAUAACCAAAAUAAGAUGCAAUAUUUGGUACGUAACGAGAGUGCAAUAAUAAUGGCAAAUAGUGCUAAUAACCAAUACCAACAACAGCAGCAGCUGCAUUUAGACCAACAGCAUAAACAACAACGAAGUCAGCUUCAAAAUAUUCUACAAUACAACAAAGUUUACAAGUCAACAAUAAUAGUUCCGAAUUCAACAAGCAGUGCAACACUUACAAGAAUAUCCUCUGCCAAUAAUAAGAUCGGUUUCAAUGUUGACAAUCGAUGCCACCCAGAGCAGUUAAGCGAUGAAGAACAAGAGGUGGACCUCGCCAAUGGUGUUGCUCUGAAUGCAAAACCGAGCAGUCCCAUCCAUCAUCAGCAGCAGACAAAUAACCGUCGAGCAAGGCGUCUCCACACGCGAUCUCCAACACUUACAUCAGUUUAUAUUGAGGACUUUAACUGUCGAAGCAAUCGCAUGACACCGAUCACAGUGAUCCAGGCUGGCAUGGCUAGAGGAGAAUCAACAAACAACAAAAUCAAGCACUAUGAUAACAGUAUAAGCGAACUUGACAAUGGUGACGCCUCAAAUGAAUACAUUACAUCAGAUGAGCAUCAUUAUCAAUACCAGCCAUCACAAUCUGAUGCGACAUUGAGCGAACAUACAAACAUCGCUAACAAUCGACACCGAUCACAACAAAUGAACCAACAGAAUCACCGCCAGGUCGUGACAAUAAUCGACGAGGACAAUAUUGGUGACGAUGACGUUGAUGAUAACGAUUACACCAGCGGUGGAAAUUUGUCUAAUUUUAUCUUAAAAAAUAGCGCCAAUGAAAUCCUUAUCGGGUGCAAUAACAACGUAAUCGACGACGAUGACGAUGAUAUCACAGGUGGUCGACGUACAGCCCCUGGCCAUCACAGUAACGAAAUCGACAUUGGAGAUAUGGAUGACGAUGAUGUUGUCCAUCAUCAUCACCAUCACCAUCACGACGACCUUUUAGUAAAAGAUCACAGCAGUAACCACCUAGCUACACACAAUGAUUGCGUUGAAUAUUUAAACGACGAUUUGGAGGAUCUUAAGGUGAUGAUAGUAUGCUAACCAUGCACCGGUGGAUAGGAAUUGUAAAAAAAGCCUUCGCACACGUAACAAAAACUAAUAUUGGCUAAGUACAUACAUAACAGAAAUGAAAUCCUUCCGCAAAUGUGUCCUUUGCUUAUUGUCGUCUAUCAAGAAAUUCCCUGUGAUCAUUUGCAAUCACAGAGGGCCUUAAGAAAAUUGACUGCUUUUUUCACUUUCGUUUUCAAAUUCCCAUUUUUUUAAGAAAAGGGGUCCAAGACAAAUAAAGUUUUUUUUUAUCGUUAAUAAAUAACAACAAUUCUUUUGAACCUUAUGAGCAUAAUUUUCUAAAACCACAUAGUAUAUAUAAAACUAUCGUGUUCCAGGGCUAGUUAAAUAUUAUUUGGAAUACACUCGAACUCUAUUUAUUAGUAAGUCCAAUGGUUUUCAAUUGACCAUAAAUAUGUACAUCAGUACAUAUGAUAUAUGAUAGUUUUUAAUCUCAUAAAAUGUUCAAAUUUGACCUUGCAGGAUCUUCGAAAAUAGUUUUUUAACCAAAGAAGUUGCAGAUAUUUGCAUUCUUUGAUGUUAAUUUCAUACAACGUUAACCAAAAAGAUUGUUGAUUCUAUCUCUAUCAUAAGUCAAAACCCGUCGGUAAAGAGUUAAGACUGAAACAAUUUCUGUUUAAAGAGCGAGCUUACCUCCCAAAAUGUUCUUUGGAACAAAAUUAUAAAAUUGUUGGUUGCGACGGAAUCAAUGACUUUAUCGCCUCUCCUCCUUGCCUUCUCAACAACUAAGAGAAGAAAAUAUGAAGUGGUUUGCAAUGAUUUUUGUUUUAAACAUUUUUAAAACUGCAUCAAAACAGUUUCAGUAGUUACAAACAAGUCAUUAAAAUUAACUUAAAGUUUGUUUCGAUUAUUUUGUUCUAAAUAAUAAUUGAAUUCCAAAAUUAAGCCACUCUUUCAUAAGAUUUUUUUUAUAUUCAAAAGUUAUUAGCAACGUUGUAUGUCUAUAACAUUUUUCAGUUUUUAGAUAAUAUUUUAGUCUUGCAGCACUAGGUUCAUUGCAAAGUUUCGAAAAGUCAU